AUGGACCUGGACUUCGAAGCGUGCCUUCGCCUCUUCAAGGCGUGGCUUCACCUCUUCGCGGCAUGGCUGCGCCUUUUCGUGGCAUGGCUUCGCCCGCCAUCGCAAGUCGAUGACAUAGUGCAGUUCCUGGAACACCCAGGAGUGACAGCAAGAAUUGGAGCCUUGUGUCUUCUGAUGCGGUGGCACGUGCCAGAGCGUUUGGAUUGGGCGAAGGUGAUUCCACGUCUGGCUGAUCCGAACUGGAUCGUCCGCUGCAAGGCUGGGAGGUUACUGGCGGAGGAGAUGCCGAGCGAGGUCAUCCCCGAGUGUUGGGCGGCGAUGCUCAAUUCCAUGAUGAAACAUGAAGAUCCUCGGGCGCGUUUCUCACCUCAAGAGCUCUUGGAAAAGAGGCUCUCCACCAAUGUUCUUGCCGCGCACUUCGGGAAGAUUGUGCCCUCCCUGUUGACAGAACCGAAGCUUCAGUCGUGGUCGUUUGACUUCUUGAGAAGCAGGAUGUCUGCAGAGCAGCUUGACGAGCCAGCGAGGAAGCGGACCUUCGAAUUCAUCGAAGAGCAGAUGCCGGGCGUGCUGAGUGCGAAGCAUGUCCAGAAGAUGGUGGUGCUCCUGGCGAUCUCAGAUAGGGAGGCGAAACGCUGCGCGCCGACUCCCCUGCGAGAUCCGAUGCAUGAGGUGAGGAGCUGGGCGCUGAGUCUCCUGCGAGAGAGGAUGCUCAGUGAGCUGCUGGCAGAGAGUUCGGACCUGAUGGCCGAUCUAUGGCAGAAGCUGCUGCCGUGCUUGACAACUGAUGACUCAGAGGUGAGCAACUCAGCCCGGAAGCUUGUAACAGCUAAGCUUUCGAAGGGUGUUCUCGCCAUGCACUUCGGAAUGAUCGUGCCACGCCUGUUGACAGACCCGAAGCUGCAGUCGUGGUCGUUUGACCUCCUGAGAGGCAAGAUGUCGGCAGACCAUCUCGUUGAGCACGUGGAUGUGGUCAUAUCGCACCUGACCAGUCAGGACGAGCCAGCGAGGAAGCGGACCUUCGAAUUCAUCGAAGAGCAGAUGCCGGGCGUGAGGAGCUGGGCGCUGAGUCUCCUGCGAGAGAGGAUGCUCAGUGAGCUGCUGGCAGAGAGUUCGGACCUGAUGGCCGAUCUAUGGCAGAAGCUGCUGCCGUGCUUGACAACUGAUGACUCAGAGGUGAGCAACUCAGCCCGGAAGCUUGUAACAGCUAAGCUUUCGAAGGGUGUUCUCGCCAUGCACUUCGGAAUGAUCGUGCCACGCCUGUUGACAGACCCGAAGCUGCAGUCGUGGUCGUUUGACCUCCUGAGAGGCAAGAUGUCGGCAGACCAUCUCGUUGAGCACGUGGAUGUGGUCAUAUCGCACCUGACCAGUCAGGACGAGCCAGCGAGGAAGCGGACCUUCGAAUUCAUCGAAGAGCAGAUGCCGGGCGUGCUGAGUGCGAAGCAUGUCCAGAAGAUAGUGGAUCUCCUGAAUACUUCAGGUUUUGAAGCGACGAAGUGGGCUUUGACCCUCCUGACUCAGCGGAUGCCUAGUGAGCUCCUCGCCGACCAUUUGCAGAAGAUCGCACCCUUCCUGCAUGAUGAUCGUCUUGCCUCCGUGGCCGCCGUGCUCUUUGUGAAGAAGGGCUCCAGCCUCUCAAGGGCGCAGCUUGCCGAGCACUCCGAGCGGCUUGCAGUACUGCUUCUGAAGAGCUGCAGCGCAAAGCUUGAAGACACUUUGAGGAAGAUUGUCGGGAUUCUUCGACCUGGCCAGCACCACAGCGAGACAGCAAAGCUCCUCUCCAAGCUGCCAGUCUCCUGCAUCAUUGAAGUGUGUAGAGAGCAAGUCUCCGAGUGGCGAGAUGAGUUUGGCAACACGUGGCUGCACCUGGCGGCCAGAGCAGGUCAUCUGGAGGCCUGCCAGGCCCUGGUGGACAUGGCGGGCCUCGCCCUGCACGCCCAAAACCGUGCUGGCGAGGAGCCGCUGGCCCUGGCAGCCACUCGCGAACUGGAUCGGUUCCUUCGUAGCAAGAUGCACUUCCAACAGACCCGCUUCGGCCAUGGGAAUGCCUACGACGAGAUGGAGAAUGAUAAGAGGCCGAUAACUGAGGUGGUGUGGUACACGGUGCCCCUCCCCGGCAUGGCGGGCCACUUGGGAGGCCUGCACUCCUUCCUCGUCAUCACCGUCUCUGGUGGAGAGGCGAACCAAGCAGCAACGAAAAGGUACGUGCUCGAGAAGGCCGGGUCAGCUGGCAGGGAGGCCCAUCAGAAGCACGGCGUCUUCGUCGGGAACCAGGAUCUUGGAGCCAACUUGACGGGCGUUCCAGGCCUGCGAACUCACAAGAAACUAAGGCUAGCCAACACCAGCAAGCUCAAGGAGGGACUGCAGAUGGAGCAACUGCAUGAGGAAGCGCACGGCACGGGGCCAUACGAUUUGGCAUCUUCCAACUGCCACCACGCGGCCCAAAGGGUUUUCAACCGCUGUUGCACUCGGGAAGAAGACCGGGAGGCAAGUCCCCCCAACCAAUGGCUGGCGAAGUUGGCGGCCCCACUUGGCCUCGGUGGCCUGUUCAACUCAACUUGCUCAACUUCCGAAGGCUCAGGAUCCGAGGUCGCCUCCUCGGAGUCCGAGGUGGCCUCGUCAGGCUGCCGCCUUGUGGAGCAACCAAGUGACUUCACGUCACCCGUAGAUCUCCACUCCGAUGCCUUUGCCAAGAAUGCCGCUGCUCUGAGUUGUGCUGUGUAUGAAGAGGAUGCUGCAAGCGUGUUGACGCCGACAGAUGGAGGUGCUGUUGUCAUCCACAACAAGUUGGGUAGAGCAGUGGUCGUGUACGAGCCUGCAGCUGGUUCUAAACGCAGAGUGGAAACAGACGCGAGAAUCAUCAUCGGCAUGCAGGAGGAGAAAGUCACGGUGGAUGUUUACGCUGUCGCAUGGGUUCCGGGACUCUAUCCCCACAGGCGCCUUGCCCAAAACCAGCCAGUUUGGAGAGGUCAUGCGUACGACUUGACCAUGGACUUUCGCAACAAUGUUGAGCUGCAGGAGGUAGUACAGCCCGCCCAGUUAGAUGAGGUGGACGUGCUCCAUGUCACUAGGAAGGCCAACAGCAAGAGCCCGGUGCAGUGGCUCCUCGCCAGGUCGGGCACUGCCCUGUACCUUUGCUUCCGCGGAACGGAUGACGUGCAAGAUGCUGCAAUCGACCUCAGCGCCGUGCCGGACUGCUUCAGAUUCAAGGAACACGGCCUGGGUGUGCACGGUGGAAUCGCCCACGUCCUGGAGCAGGAGGGAGAGAACGUCGACCAUGUGGUGAAAGAGGUCUUCAAGGUAUUGAACCAGCACCGCCGAUCUGGAGAUCAACUGGUCCUCUGUGGCCAUUCGCUCGGUGGCGGCUACGCCCAAGUCAUGGCCGUCCACUUGUUGAGCCUGAACGUGGACGUCUCGGCCGUCCGCACCUUCGGCGCCCCCCAUGUCCUUGUUCCACAGGCAGGAACAGCUCAGACGAUGUGGCACAAGCUGCACGCCAUCACGCAGCACUGGGUUCACGACUGGGAUCCCGUCCCCAGGCUACCGCUUUGCCAAACCUGGCUGGUGGAUGUCCUGCCCAGGCUCAAGAAGGAAGUGGUGAAAGGCGUCAGGGUUGGCAUCGCGCAGAAGUACAUCGAGAACCUUCAGCGGAAUUGCAAUGCAAGCAGUGCGCAGAUGUUGAAUCAAUACGAUGUGGUGGGUCAAGUGGUGCUGGUGAGCAUGGCCUCUGGCUCUGCCCACGUAGCCAGUGAAGGCGCGGCGCCACUGAAGGAGCUUCUCAGUGAGAAGCCGCCAGAGGCAGCCAUGACUCUCAGCCAGAUCCCAGCCUACCACAGCAUGCCGGACUAUUUGGACCUUGCACGAAGACUGACGAAGUGA